UCAGCUCCGUGUGCUUCCUGUGUGUGCAUGCAUGCACAAUCCCCGCGCGUGCACGUGCAUUCGGAUUGCGUGUGCGCGAAGGCGGAGGAUCGCCGAGCCCAGCCGAGCCGAGCCGAGCCGUGCAGCAGGGCACAAGCCGCCGGGCGCGCAGGAGAAGCCGCAAAAAAAACCAGCAGCCGCUACUUGAAACUGCGAGAAGAGCAGAGAGAGCGUCGGAACUUCAGUGAGCACGGUUGAAGUAACAUUGGCGAGAUAUUCUCCAGCGUUGUUUGAAGUGCUGGCACCUUAAGAAGUGUAAUACUUUAUCCAAGACUUCACCGGAGGCCAGAGAUCCAAAAUGGGAGGCAAGCUCAGCAAAAAGAAGAAGGGCUACAACGUAAAUGAUGAAAAGGCCAAAGACAAGGACGCCAAAGCAGAGGGCGCCUCUGCCGAGGAGAGCGAGGCUCCGAAGGAGAAUAAAGACGAGGCCCCGGCUGCCGACGGGAAGGAGGUAGCGAACGACACGGCGGCCAAGGAUGCGCUGGCCGCAGACGCUGCGGCGGCCAAAGACGAGGAGAAGAAGGAGCCCGAAAAACCCGCCGCCAACGCCGAGCCCAAAUCAGACGCGGCGCCCAAGAGCGCGGAGCCGGCCAAGGCUGAGGAGAAAGCGGCUGCCCCUGCCCCAGCGAAGGAAACGGCCCCUGCCCCCGCCGCCGCCAAGGAGCCUGAGGCGAAGCCCGCGGCCGAGAGUAAAGGUGAGGCCGACGCCAAAAAGACUGAGGCCCCCGCGGCACCAGCAGCCAAAGCAGAGGCGGCCCCCGCUGCCUCCCCCGACCCCAAGCCCACGGAGGCGGCUCCGGCGGCGAAGGAGGCCGCAGCAGCCGCCGCUAGUUCAACACCAGCCGCCGAGCCUCCCGUCAAGGAGGCGAAUGCCACAGAGGCACCAAGCAAGGAUCAAACCGUAGCAGUUCAAGAUUAAUGGACAGCUUCUUUUCGGAAAUAAAAAAAUUAAAAAAAUAAAAGUACCUAACUCAACGACGAAGAUAAAAAAAUAAAAAAUUAACUAGCCCCGCCCAUAUUAUGAAAAUAACAAUAAUAAUAAUAAUUGUGACGACGACGAUUUGUUGAAUGAGGACUGGAGCGAACACCUGGAGAAGUUUCCCCCUGCUGCAGAUGAUUAUUGCUAUUAUUAUUGUUAUGUUUGAUUUUUAUUUUUUCUGCUGUAGUAUUUGAACUUUGAUACGAGUCUGUGUCGGCCUCGCCAUCACACAUCCCAUCAUCCCUUUCUCUCUCUCACACAGCGUCACCUGAUCUCUGUGAUGUCAUCAAUAUCUAAACCUGGGGAAGGGGGAGGGGCUGAGGGGAGGAGGAGGGGGAGGGCGUGGUUUAAGAAAUCGCUUCACCAGCUGGACCUCCAUUGAGUCCGUCUGCUCUCUCUCUCUCCCUCUCUCUCGCCCUCGUCCUCCUCCUCAGAGUCUCGUCUGCUGUGGCCUAGUGGUCAGGAUUGUUGGACGGUGUUGCUCCCCGUUUCUUUCCUCUCUGGUUAAAAAAAAACUAAAUUGAUUGUGAGGGCCGAGAACGUUCAGGCUUUCUGAGACAUGUGGGACGUUUUUUAAGAGGCGGGCUUUGUCAGAGCAGAAACACAUUCUUAGACGUGUAAAACAAGUCGUAGACAUUUUUCAGAUUUUUUACUGGAACCCUUAGGAGGUAUAUAUUGUAACUCAACUAAGAGGUUUUUUAACAUUUGUAAUAUGCCUGUAAAAUCUGCAAAGCCUGGCUCCAAGGAAACCUCUUGCGGUGUUCUUAGAAAUCUUUGAUCCUCCGUUCAAAUCUGAUGAUUUCGUUUUUUAAAACAGAGAAGAUUUUAGUUGCAGGAUGGAGUCACUGCUGCAGAGGGUCCACCUCCACCGACGGCUCAACAUACCAGACCUCUGAUGUUUAUCACCCGGAUCGAAAAAUACACGAAACUGACUCGUCCUGUCUUUGGAUUUAGAUUCUGGACUAAAAUAGAAAACUCAAAUCCUUUUUCUAACCUGCUAAGAGUGACACUAAAAGUCCCACAAAGUUUGCAAAUAUGCAAGAAAAGUAGGAGUUCACUUUCAGGAUUAGGCAGCAAGAAAUGUGAAGGUUAUACUUUGAAACAAAAAGCACAAAAACUGAAGAGUGCACAGGCUGAUUAGAGGGACUUUGAGAGUCAAUUUUGAAGUCAAAUGUUGAAAAUAUUUAAAGAUGAAUCUGUUUCUGGAUCGGUUACACAAGAGCUUUACGGCCACAUCUGAUACAUUCAUUUGAUUUUGAAGUCAGAGAUUAAAUCUCAGAAUGCAUUUUCAUUAGUGUUGUAGCCAAGAGCAUAUCAUACCCGAGUCCAGAGACCUCCAAGACCAAGACCACGGGGCCAUGUCACCCACCCAAACACAGAGAAGGUUUAGUCCGUAACCGGGGGGGUUAGAAAGGGGCGUUUCCCUCUAAUCACAGGAAUGAUGUGUAAAAAACAGCCCAUCAGUUGUGGUCUUAACCGGUCUUGAUUUAAAUAUUAAAUCAAGUAAAAAUGCUUUGGAUCCCAAGACCUUUAAAAAGAGGUCUCCAGACAGGUUCUGAGAUCAAGACCACUUGCAGAAGCAAACUUGCAGAAGAAGAAAUCGCAAAGUUUUGAGAUUAAACUCAAAAGAUUCCUUAACACCGAGGACUUCUGAAUUACAAAUUUAUGCACAUUUUGUUUGACAUCCAGAUAAUUUGAUUCUGAGGUUUGAAAGAAUUGAUCUCAUACAACGCCGGUCGCUUAAAUCAUUUUGUCUGAACAUGAAUUAACCAGACCAAGCCGAACUAUGUGCAUAGAGAAAUCAUUCAAGCAGCAGGAGGGGGAGGAGGAGCAGCCAAACCUCAGCAGUCUGGUAUGUAAGCCGCCCUGCAGGUCUGCGUUCCUGCCUUUAUUUUUAAAGUCGAUCCGUCAUUGAUCAGUGUGAUGUCAUCGAUGAGACAGGAGGAACCCUGGGAGACAUCAUCGCCUGUUCCAUCUACUGUGCUCCAUGUCUCCAUGGCAACAGUACGCCACGCCACGCUGUCACUCCAGGACGGGGAAAAGGGAGCUUCUGAUUUUUUGUCAUUUUCACCCCUCAUGCAUUUCCUUUACUUUAUGGAAUAUAUAACGACUAACAUCUACACAUGUGCAGGGAUGGACGGAGGACGUAAUUACAUCUUUCACUCAAGUUGAAAUAUUUAUGUGGAAGGGAAAGGAAGGAAGAAAGGAAGGAAGGAAGAGAGAAGGACAGGAAGGAAGGAAGGAAGAAGAUAAGGUACUUAAGAAAUCAUAAUUUAAGUAUGCAUUGAAAAAGGAGAAAGUUUGUAUCCCCAAUAUUGGUGAUAUUUAUGCUUUCAUAUAUGAGAGAGGAAGAAAAGAUGAUAUUAAAAGAGAGAAAUGAAAGAGGAAAUGAAGACAAAUGAAGGAUAGAAAGAAGGAAAGAGAGGCAUCAGGAAGGCAGGAAAGAAAGGAUUCAUCAUGGUCGUGAUCAUCUCUGAAUUAGAGAAUCAAAUUUGCAAAGUAAACGCUUUGAUAAGCUUAAAUAAAUCAGAAAUCCUAAACCCCCUCUAAUUUCCUUCUUUGCAUAUCUGUGGAUACACACGUUUAUAUUUCCUCAUCUCGUCCAUCCAUUCGCCGACUCUUCAGUUGCAUACAAGUGCCACACAACGUCGUUUCCUCCCCAGCACUCGUCAAACCGUAGCAGAAACAAACAUGGCGGAGCGUUGUGUGUCACUUGGGGUUUUUUUCUUUGUUUUUUUCUUCCUCUCUUGACUCAGUAAAUUGCAUGUCCGUGGUUGGGUGAACCUGUAGUCCUGUCUUUUUGGUCAAGUGGAAUUCAAAAAAAUAUAUAUUAUUAUUAUUAUUAUGAUUAUUAUUUCUCAGUCUGCAUCCAUGGCAACUACAGUUGAUAUUUUCAUCCCAUGUCUCACCUCUGCUACUUCCACACUACACGUUCAUGGAAAAAAACAAACAAAAAGAUGAUAUGGAAAUUUGAUGCAUUCAAAAUUAUAUGUACUUGUAUAAAUGGUGCAACAGUAAUAAAAUGUAAGAAAUUGACUGAAA